CUCUCUCUCUCUCUGUGCACGAUCGAUCGAAACCCUAACAAUCCCAAUUUCAUUUCCUCAGAUCAAAAUUUCACCUUUUUAUGGCCUAACCCUACGCCAAUUUCAUCGAUUUAAGUUUUUUUUUGUUUGUUUGUUGGGAAGAAGCUUAAGAUAAUAAAAAAAAAUGUCAACGGAGAAUAAUACCUCAUCGCCGCCACCAUCAGACGCCAUCGAUCCAGCGCCUCUGCUUUUGAGCGGCGAAGAGAACGAGGGAAGCAGCAACGGUGGAGGAGGAGAGCGCAGAUCGUCGUCCGUGAGGAGACCGGGGCUGAGGGAAGCGGCGAGGCUACUAAGCCGCGCGAGCAGCGGCGGAGGACGACGCGCGGGGAUGCGGGAGCCGUCUAUGGUGGUGAGGGAGGCAGCGGCUGAGCAGCUGGAGGAGAGGCAGAGCGAUUGGGCCUACUCGAAGCCCAUCGUGGUGCUGGACAUCGUGUGGAACCUGGCGUUUGUCUCGGUGGCUGGAGCGGUUCUGGUGAUGGCGAGGAACGAGCAUCCGAUCAUGCCGCUUAGGGUUUGGCUGUUGGGGUAUGCGUUGCAGUGCGUGUUGCAUAUGGUUUGUGUGUUGGUUGAGUAUCGGAGGAGGAGCAGGGUGAGGAACAACAGUAGGACGACGACGACUCCACGGUCGCGUCCUUCUUCUUCUUCUUCGUCCUCGUCGUCCUCCAUGGAGGAAGAUGCUUUGGUUUCGAGGAGUAAUUCACAUGAUGAGGUCUUGUCCCUCGGCCAGAUUGAGAACGAACGCAGCAGUGUUGCAAAGCAUCUGGAAUCUGCCAACACGAUGUUUUCGUUUAUUUGGUGGAUCAUUGGGUUCUACUGGGUAUCUGCUGGUGGCCAAGAGUUGGCACAAGAGUCCCCACGGAUUUACUGGUUGUCUAUCGUUUUUCUUGGUUUCGAUGUGUUCUUCGUUGUCUUCUGUGUUGCCUUGGCCUGCGUUAUUGGCAUUGCUGUUUGCUGUUGCCUCCCAUGCAUCAUUGCUGUCUUAUACGCUGUUGCAGAUCAGGAAGGGGCUUCAAAAGAAGACAUUGAGCAGCUCACCAAAUUCAAGUUUCGUAAAGUUGGUGAUGUUAACAAACACGCUGGUGAUGAAGCUCAAGGAAACACCGAGGGAGUAAUGACAGAGUGUGGUACAGAUUCACCCGUUGAACAUACUAUUCUGCAGGAGGAUGCAGAAUGCUGCAUCUGUCUCUGUGCAUAUGAAGACGGAAGCGAACUAAGGGAACUUCCUUGUGGCCACCAUUUCCACUGCUCAUGUGUGGACAAGUGGCUAUACAUAAACGCUACUUGCCCGCUCUGCAAAUACGACAUCCUCAAGAGUAGCAACUUGGAUCAUGAGGAAGUCUAGAGGAGACUGCUUUUACUUAUUCAUGACCCCCCCACACAACAUUUGACAGGAAACUUGGGGUCCAAAGGAAAAAAACACUGGUGUUUUUUUCUAUAUAUAUGAUGCGUUGUCUGUUAUAUGAUAUCUAUACAAAUUAUUAUACUUUUGUUUUUAUUUUUUGGUUUGGAAAGGAAUCAGGUCUGUACAUGUAUAUCUAUCUUACUUUCAUUUGCAAGCACUCUUUUGUGUUA